AGUACUUGUUCCUGCCCAAAGCUAUGGGAAGCUUCAACACCAGCUUGGGAGGAGGCUUCAUUUUGGUGGGCUUCUCAGACUGGCCUCAACUAGAAAUCAUCUUCUUUAUUUAUAUUUUGAUUUUCUACUCCUUCACUCUCUUUGGCAACACCGCCAUCAUUGCUCUCUCCCAAAUGGACCUUCGAUUACACACUCCCAUGUACUUCUUCCUCUCCCACCUCUCCUUCCUGGACCUCUGCUUCACCACCAGCACUGUGCCCCAGCUCCUGAUCAACCUUCAUGGACUUGACAGGACCAUCAGCUAUGGAGGGUGUGUGGCCCAGCUGUUUAUAUUUCUCGCUCUGGGCUCCACAGAGAGUUUGCUCCUGGUGGUGAUGGCCUUUGACCGCUAUGCUGCUGUGUGUCCUCCCCUGCACUACACGAUCAUCAUGCACCCCCUUCUCUGCCAGGCAUUGGCGAUUGUCUCCUGGGUGGGAGGCCUCAUGAACUCUCUGAUCCAGACAAGCCUCAUGAUGACCAUGCCCCUCUGUGGCCAUCGACUGAAUCACUUCUUCUGUGAGAUGCCUGUGUUCCUCAAGUUGGCCUGUGAAGACACAGAAGGAACAGAGGCCAAGAUGUUUGUGGCCAGAGUGGUGAUUGUUGCAAUUCCAGCUGUGCUCAUCUUGGGCUCCUAUGCACAGAUUGCCAGGGCAGUGCUGAAGGUCAAGUCAACAGCUGGUCGCAGAAAGGCUAUUGGGACCUGUGGUUCCCACCUCCUGGUAGUUUCUCUGUUUUAUGGCUCAGCCACCUACACAUACUUACAGCCCAAGGACAGCUAUUCUGAGAGCAAGGGGAAGUUUGUUGCUCUUUUUUAUACUAUCAUCACCCCCAUGCUCAACCCUCUGAUUUAUACCCUGAGGAACAAGGAUGUGAAGGGGGCUCUGUGGAGGGUGCUAGGGAGAGGAACAGCCACAGGAUAGGAAAGAACAUUUGAGCAGUGAAAAGCUUUAUAUUCUGUCAGUCCAGAGGGUUUCAGUGGGAGAGGGGAGUUGAAUGUCAAUGCAAGUACAAUUAAUUAUGUACAUUCAUGUGACUGUCAAAGCAUAUAAAAAUAGAAAAACAAAAACAGAAACAGUCUUGGGCUGGCAAGAUGGGUCAGCAGGUAAAGGAUUUGCUGCCAAGGAUUGGAGUUUGAUGCCUGAAUUCCAUAUGGUGGAAAAGAUAGUCAAGACCUCUGACCUCCCUAUACGUGUGUGUGUGUGUGUGUGUGUGUGUGUGUGUGUGUGUGUGUGUGUGUGUGUGUACAAUAAAUCAAUAAACAUAAUAAAAUUAAAAUAAAAGAAAACAGUCCCCAGGAGGCAUCAGAACUUUAAUACCAGCCUUGUUUGGAAGUUGGAGUGCGGAUCUGCUCUCCGAGUUACUCUCUCUCAUCACUGCUCAGCAAGGAUAAAUGUGAAUUCAGAAACAACUUUCCAUAGGAGGAGACUGGGAGAGGUUGACUGUGAGCACCUGUGGAAAUGGGCUGGGUUCUUGGCAGGGAAGAGUACUGUGAACACUUGUGGGAACUGGAUUGGUUCUUGGCAAGUCUGAAUGUCAUCGGAUUUAUAAUUCUGAGUUGCAACACUCCAAGUCAGAUGUGGUGUCAUACAGUGGACACUGUGACCCAAGGGUUCACUCUGAUUUUCUAUCCAUUUUGUGUUUUCAUUUUAAUUUAAUAUCCAUACAUUGAUCAUAUCCACCCACAGGUCUUUCUUCCAAUUUCUAUCCUUUCCCUCAACACCACUUUUGUCUCCCAACUUCAUGCCUUUUAAAAAAAUACAUGGGAUCUAUGUAGGGCCACCUGCAUUUGCAUGGAUGUGGAGCAUCAGGUCUAAGUGGGGCCUCAACAUCACACCAUUUUCCUGAUGUAUUGUGACCCUAUCUGGCUUCAGUCAUAACUCGGGGUCUUUUGUAAAGGCCUCUUAUGCUAGUGCUUACCAUUCCUAGCUUGGAAUAAACAAGCUGAUGAUGAGCAGAGCUGCUUUGUGUAGUGUGUGAAAUUCAGACAUGGGUUCAUUUACCCUCUUGGAGAAAAAGGCAGAAUCAUUUAUUACACACGCUGCUACAAAGCAAGGCAAGAAAGAUCUCCUAGCAUAACCCUGAGUAUCUAUCAUGCCAACUGGCAGCGUUCCUCUCCUGUUAGAUAGAGGUGAGGAUAGGGAAAAUGAUUAUACACAUAAUAAACUAAGGAAAAUUCAAAGAAAUCUAAACUUAUAUAUGUCCUGAUGCAAAAAUUUAUAUAGAAUAAAAUCUAUAUUUGUGAAAAAAUUAUUAAUGGAAAUUUAAAAGAAGCAAGGGAAGAGGCUACUAUUUAUUGUGUGACCAGCUGUGUGAAAGUUGAUUUGGGGCUCCACUUCACUUCUCUUCAUCUCUCUUUUAUUUGACUAUCAGUCUUCUAUCACUAUUGUUUACUUCCAUGUAUUUAAAUGGUGGUUUGGUGUUUACAAGUGCAGGGAUCUUUGUUGAUAGACUUUUGAAAGUAUGGUAAAUUUUGUGUUAACUGAAUCAUGUUUUAUUAUAAUUUUCCACUGAUUUUGCUUAUGUUUGCAACUCAUUUUGCUAACCAUGUCAUUAAUCCUUUCUCAGUAUUGCCAAAGUUGUUAUA